AUGGCAACGGUGAAUAUACAGGGUACUGCAGCAGUGGAUGCAGUAGAGGAGACAGUUAACGGCGGAAGGACGGCCCUGUUGUGGGUAAUGGGGAGCGCCGGGGUGGCCACUGUCCUCACCACUGUUGUGGUGCUCAGUGUCAUUACUACAGCAAGCAGCAUCUUAUCAAAUAGUGCAACGAAUAUGACUCUUUCAACUGCAACGACGCCAAUGACAACAGCAGCACCAGGCGCGAUAAUUGUGCAUCGUUUUUUUGAAAAAAAAAUGAUGUUUCAAGCCGCUUCUAAAGGCGUCACGACCGAUGCCAGGGAUGACUUUUAA